UUGUACGUGGUGGCACCACUCUUAUUUGCUCCAGCAGUCAAGGUAAGCGGUACCCUCUUCAAGCGACUGCUAUCGGGAACUCAAGGGCUUUGGCUUCUGGCUAUUCCCCACAAAGAAGCCCUUGAAGUCCCCGAUAAUGCCCUUUGUGGUUCCCUUACGGUUCCAAAAAGCAUUUUAUUCUUUAUCUUUGCUCUGGUAAUUGGCGAUUUGACCACUAUGAUAGCAAUGUUGCUACUCGUUAUCGAGCUCAUAUUUGGCACUUGGCAGUUUAGCGCCACUGCUUGUACUUCCUAUCUUGUAUUGGAUUCUUUGAAUAAAUUUGUUGCCCCGAUGAUAGUGUUUCUAAUCAGCAGAACAUGUUAUGCCACUGUGUGCCUGGAUAAAGCUAGAGGAGAACAAGCAGCGAUGAAGGUUGUGGCGAUUUUCUUAACUCUGUUGAGCGAUUUAGAAAUUUUUGAACUAGAUAUGAUAUUUAGCAUGCUGUCUUACAAGUAUUGGUUGCUCUCGGUUGCGUUAUGGUGCUUCUAUGGCCAGUUUUUGCCUACUCACAGGUUGGUUUGCUUGAUCUUAUAUGCGGUCGACACAAAAUAG